AUGAUCAAAGCGGUGGCACAGGCUAUCCCUACUUACAUGAUGAGCAUAUUUAAAAUUCCUGAAGGCUUGAUUGAUGAAAUUCACUCCAUGUUUGCUCGUUUUCAGUGGGAGUCGACGGAUCCUACUCGAAAGCUUCACUGGCACAAGUGGGAAGCGCUCUAUCUUCCGAAGGCUAUGGGAGGUUUGGGUUUUCGUGACCUUAAAAGUUUCAACUUGGCUCUGCUUGCUAAACAAGGUUGGCGCCUCAUUCAUAACCUAGGGUCACUUUUGCAUAACAUACUGCAGGCACCAUACUUUAAGCAUGGCACGUUUAUGGAAGCAAAUUGA